ACAAGCUUGACCCUAUUGUUGCAUAUUCAUAAGAAAAGUAGUUGAACGAGAAGCAAGAGAAUUGUAGGGGACUAAAGACAAUGAGAAAUUUGAGCCCUACGUCAUCCCUUAGUAUUGAAGAAUGAAAUAGAAUCUGUUACAUAGAAGAAUGGAACAGAAGAUUACUGUUUUAUUUAUAGCGGUGGUACUAAUAUCACUUGAAACAGUUCACUUCCUGCUCUUAUGAAAGAAAUUCAACAACGAAAAGAGUUACAUUAAUGUUUUUAGUACGAAACUUGUAGUGAAAAUAUUCUGGGCCAUUGGGAAUGGUCAUUCCGGCAUUAAGUUUUCCUAUUCAAAAUCACUUGAGGGUCUGCAUUGGUCUUACAUUGGAGACAGGGGAGGUCAUCAAACAUAAGAUUCGCCAUCCAAGAAAGCAAUUGAAAUAAUGUUUUAAACCUUGUAUUUCUUCUAUGUUGCUUGGAUCAAGUCACCAAACAAAUACUUGUAAUCGUUCUUUUGAAACACCACAUUUGUUGCGAAAAUAAACGUUCUUAGCAUAAAAAAAUCAUAUCGUCACCAUUCUUUCUAUUCUAUUUCGUGCUAAGAGAAAGUUGUUACAUGACCAUCUGAUUGACAUAGCCCGCGAAAUUCAUUUUCAAAUUGUUAUUGGACACGAUUCUGUGUCCUCUGCUUUGGUUUCUCUUUCCAACUUGAAUUAUGCCUCGAGAGAUAAUAACCCUACAGAUAGGACAGUGUGGUAACCAGAUUGGUACAGAAUUUUGGAACCAACUCUGUGCAGAACACGGAAUAAGACCUGACGGUGUUUUGGAAGAGUCCGUCGUGGACACUGGCGAUAGAAAGGAUGUAUUCUUCUACCAAGCAGAUGACGACCACUACGUUCCCAGAGCGUUGCUCAUUGACUUGGAACCACGAGUAAUCAAUGGAAUCCGCAACUCAACGUUUCGUAACUUCUAUAACCCUGAGAAUAUUUUUGUUUCUCAAGUGGGUGGGGGAGCAGGAAACAACUGGGCUAGCGGUUACAGACAAGGGGAAGAGAAAGAGGAAGAACUCAUGGAUAUGAUUGAAAGAGAAGCAGACGGGUCAGACUCACUCGAAGGUUUUGUACUUUGUCAUUCUAUCGCAGGAGGUACAGGUUCCGGUUUAGGUUCGUUCGUUUUAGAAAAACUAAAUGAAAGAUUUCCGAAAAAGCUGGUCCAGACGUAUUCUGUAUUUCCUAAUCAACAAGAAUCAAGCGAUGUUGUCGUUCAGCCAUACAACUCGAUUCUUACUCUUAAACGGCUGACUCAGAAUGCAGAUUGUGUCGUGGUAUUAGAUAAUACUGCUCUUAAUAGGAUUGCAGUGGACCGUCUUCACUUGGAAAAUCCUACGUUUGCUCAAGUUAACUCUCUUGUUUCAGCAGUAAUGGCAGCGAGCACGUCUACAUUAAGGUAUCCAGGAUACAUGAAUAAUGACUUGGUUGGACUGCUAGCAUCUCUUAUUCCAACCCCACAAUGUCACUACUUGGUAACUGGAUAUACUCCUCUUACACUUCUUGAAGAGGAGCGAGCUGGAACUAGUCAAGUUACAAAAACUACUGUUUUGGACGUGAUGCGGCGAUUAUUACAGCCCAAGAAUAUUAUGGUUUCCUGUUCGACACGAAAGGGGUGUUAUAUCUCAAUUCUCAAUGUUAUUCAAGGAGAAGCUGAUCCUGCCCAAGUACAUAAAAGUUUGCAGAGAAUAAGAGAACGAAAACUUGCAACCUUUAUUCCCUGGGGUCCAACAGGAAUUCAAGUUGCUCUUUCUAAGAAGUCUCCUUAUCUUAAAAGUCAUCAUCGAAUAUCUGGCCUUAUGUUGGCGAAUCAUACUAGCAUACAGUCCCUGUUUUCUCGUUCCUUGGCACAAUAUGAUAAGUUAAGAAAAAGAAAUGCAUUCCUUGACAAUUAUAAAAAGGAACCUAUGUUUCAAGAUGGUCUGGAAGAAUUUGACAACUCGCGUCAGGUUGUAGAAGACUUGAUUGCAGAGUAUACAGCUGCAGAACGUCCAGAUUAUCUCAGUUGGAGUUCUUCAAACGUACCAGAAUACAGCAAGUGACAGUGCGCUAAACUUCCAGAGUUGGAAUAUUGACUAUUGUAUAUUGGAUAUAUUCCACAAGAAUAUCAUUUUUCUAAUAAACUACACAAAUUCUUCAGUGCAAGUAGACUGAUUUCCU